AAUCCGCCCUCCCUGUCACACGUGUGGUUGAACAUGGCGGCGUCCAGAGGGACCGUGCUUGAAGAAAACUCUAGCAGCGAAGAUGAGGAUCAGGAGAAAUUCAAAGAGGCCGCUUGGAGUUUUGGACCUGCUGCUACUAACGCCACCCGUCAGAAUAAUUCAGGUGUAGACGUGAAUGACAAGCCGAGUCGAAGGGUGAGCGUGUCCCAGCACGACCACGAUGGAAACGAACUUGAGACGACCCCAGAAUUCCGUGCACACGUUGCAAAAAAAUUGGUAGCAAUGCUGGAUAGUUGUAUUUCAGAGAGUACCAGUCCAGAAACUGUAGACACAUCCAUUGUACUGCCAGCACAAGGGAAAGAUGACGAGGAGGAGGAUGUUAUGGAGGAAGGCUUUAGGCUAUUCUCUACUUCUGUCCCUGGACUGAGUGCUAAACAGCCAUCUCCACCACCGCCUCCCCGACGCCCCAUCCCCAGCUCAAGUGACAGUGACAGUGAAAUGGAAAUGCGGCUGAGAGAGGCGGCCAUCUCAGUCACGGACCUCCUUCCUCCAUCUCUGCUUCCCAGCAUGCCUCAGUCCCUGGCCUCGCCCGCCCCACCCUCUGCUGAAAAGAAAAAGAAGAAGAAAAAGAAGAGGGAAAGUGAGGGAAGAGCAGGUGUAGUAGAGGGAGAGAUGGAGAAUGGCAGUUUGGAAACAAAUAAAAAGACAAAAAGGAAACUGACCAAAGGAGGGGCUCAGGAGAGCGAGAUGAAAACAAACAGUGUAGCAGUUCCUCGUAGCAAAAAGAUGGCGGAACAUGGGAGUACAGAGGAGGAAAUAGAUUCAGCACAGCAGCCAGAGGAAGCCACUGUGAAGAAGAAGAAAAAGAAGAAGAAGAAAAAGAGUGCUGGUGAGGGUGAGGGUUGAGGAGCAGGCUGCACCUGAAGGACUGCUGUUAGUCUUCAGCACAAGGUUUAAAUCCUUAUUGGGCUUUGUUUAUCACAUAAACGUUUUGACAUGGCUCCUAGGCCUUUUUCCCAUCAUUGUCUUUCUAAUUUGCAGUUUCCUGUUUUAGAACAGGUUACAAAAAUCUCAGAGAUAAGGGAGUGGGGAACAAGAACAGUUUCACUGACUUCAGACAAUAGUUCGUGACAAUUAGGGAAUGUACCCUCCAGUUCUGUCCACUCGCCUGCUUGAGCAACACCGUAUUCCCUGAGGCCCCUGAAGCUCAUGUGACAUUUACCAAAACCUAAUCCUGUAUGAGUGAUCUUACAACUCACAAGGCCCCUUGCAGUUCAAAGAUACUUUAAUCCUCCUGUAAUAAGUAUUUUUCUAUCCAGUCUGGAGGGGGGGGGGUGUUAUAAAAUAAUGUAGAAGAACCCCUGAAGGGAUAUGUCCAUUUUAUUUUGUCUGCUAGUUGCCAUGCCAUCCCAUGUUGUUCUGUGUUCUUUAGCAUAUUAAAGCACUGUGUAGUUUAUGUGGGCUUAGGUAUAAAUGUAUGCUACAGAUUCAUUUCAGAAGUAGAAGUAAUCACCACUCCUGUUUUCAAGGUUGGUCUUCAUUGACUGAGACUAUUUUGUACCAUUUUGUAAAUACUUUCCUGUUUCUUGUUUUGGUGUUUACAAAAGCAGUAGUACCUCAUGGAAAUCGUGUUACUGUCUCCAGUGUCCAUGAGGUAUUGACUAUAUGCAAGAA